GCGGGGGCUCGCGGCGCGUGCGCGGACAUGCGCCCCUAGAUGGGCGCGCGCGCGCGCGGCCCUCGACCCGCGGGGGACCGCGUCCCUCCCCGACCCCCGAGCGCCGGUGCAUGGCAAUCAUUUCAAGCAAAGUCAACCGAAAAUCUGAGUCAUUACACCAGGCACCUGUGUAAGGAAACUGGACUGUAAAAAUUCACCAUGGCUUAUGGCUUGCCAAGAAAGAACACAAUGGAAACCAUUUUGCGGUGCAAUUGUUAUGAAGUCCAGGACCCCUGGGAACUUGCACUGCUUACAGAGACCUGGCACACGAAACUAACCAGCAUCAAGUUGCCUUUCUUGGAAGAAAUUGCAUUUGGUAGUUUGAUACGCCUCAAAAAAUGUCAAACCAGUGAGGACGGUGUGCUCCCUUCAGCAGAAUCCAUCCGACUUGAAAGGGAGUAUGAAAUGAGGCGUUUGAAUAACCUGAACCAUCAGGAAAACACAGCCGAGGAGGUUCAGUUUUCCCUGAGGGCAAGGCCGGGUGGCUUGAGAAGACCGCUUCCGCCCAAGUGCUGGGCGUCUCGUAGCUGAGUCUGCGCUCUGUGCCUUCCGCUUCCAAAGAGCACCAAGGGCCCCGACCUUGCACUGUGUGAAGUUGGGUGCAGACAUCGCUCGACCCCCGGCAGGUGCGCCAGCUCCCGUGGGGUAGCGGACAGCUCGGACAGACCUUCUGGAUCCCCGCCAUGUACUGGUACCUUCAUAGCAGAAGGGACAGCACGGCAGCUUUUCUCUCUGCCAAACAUUGCAUCCUGGCUCUUUGAAAUCCCCACUGAGUUUGGAGAAAUCAUGUCUUGGCAUCUACCCGACUUUCCUGGAACACAAUGGAAUUUGCUGACAACGUACCAGCCGCUCCGCUUGAUAAUAAGUCUGCCUGUCUCAUUGCACUUCAGUAUUCAGUGUGGUGUCUGCCGUGAUGCUGGGCCUGCUCAUGUUCUCCUUGGGCUGCUCGGUGGAGAUCCGGAAGCUAUGGCUGCACAUCAGGAGACCCUGGGGCAUCGCCGUGGGACUGCUCUGCCAGUUUGGGCUCAUGCCUCUUCUAGCCUAUCUCCUGGUCAAGAGCUUCUCUCUGAAGCCGGUCCAUGCAGUUGCUCUCCUCAUCAUGGGGUGCUGCCCAGGGGGAACCGUCUCCAACAUUUUCACCUUCUGGGUGGAUGGAGAUAUGGACCUCAGCAUCAGUAUCACCACCUGCUCCACGGUGGCCGCCCUGGGAAUGAUGCCGCUCUGCCUCUACCUCUACACCUUGUCCUGGAAUCUUGAGCAGAGGCUCACCAUCCCGUACCAGAACAUGGGUCUGUAUCGGGCUCGUGACGUGAACGCAGUAAUUGUAAGGUUAACGGCGAUGGCUGUUGUUUGCCAUGGGUCUCCUCUACACCAAGUCUCCAAGAAACCCUACAGGAUAGAUUCGUUUUUUCCAUUAUUAUGGCAUUUUUUAUUACUCAGUUACAUUUAUAGUUGUGCAGUGAUCCUGACAGCCAAAUCCUACAGUAUGGACUCUUACCAGUUUCAUUUCCUGUAUUUUCAGGAUUAGGGAAGUUCAAUGGCUUGACCCACCAAGGUUAUGCAGCUGGUAAAUGCAGAACUGGAGUUCUAACUCAGGAAUCUGAUGGAAAAGUCCAAGCUCUGAACCCUUACAAGAGUUCACUUUUAAAAAGGAGGUCAGAAAACCUACUCAUUAAAAAACAAGCAACCCUCAGGAGUUCCCUGGUGGUCUAGUCGUUAGGACUCAGCCCUUUCACUGCUGCAGCCUGGGUUCAAUCCCUAGGUGGAACCAAGAUCCUACAUCAAGCUACUGCACACUGCCCCCCGCCUCCCCCAAAAAACAACCCGCAAACCAAACCACCUUUACAUCAUUCAGUAGAAGACGUUAGACUCACGUGAGCCGCAGGUUAGCUGAGUCACAGUGGCUUUAGCUCCCCAGCUCUACCUUUUAUCUCACCGUGAGCCUUGACUUCUUCACUGAGCCGGGUAAACUAAUCAUCCUGAUAACUAAUCAUUGAAGCAUAGUCACUUGUCACACCGCACUGUCUCGCUUUCAUUAUCUCCUUAAACUCUGCCCUUUUUCUAGAGAGCUCCGUGGACUUACUAGGAUUGUAAGAAAAACCUGGCGAGAUGACGUGCGUGUUCUGGUUUGAUCAGAGUCUUUGGAGGAUUGGUAGGAACUGCGAUGCUUAAAGUCUAAAGUGUCCAUCUGGAGUCGCAAGUAAUCUCUUAGUGGGAUCACAACCCCUGGCCCGCAGUUCAAAACCGUGAACAGCCUCCUCCUGGGAAUAGCUUAAGCCCACUGAACUUGUAAAAUUUGAGGGAAAUCUUAAUUUAGAAAUCAUGACUUUACAGGUAACUUUUUCUGAUCACUCAUUUACCUGUUUUUUCUUUCCUUCUCUCUUUUUUUUCAUUCUGUGGCAUGUGGAAGUUCCAGGGCCAGGAAUUGAACCCUCACUGUAGCAAUGAUCAGAACUGCUGCAGUGACAGUGCUGGAUCCUUAACCCACUGAGCCACAAAGGAACUCCUACUAUCUUCUGUUUUGAUAAUGUAUUCUAAAAGACUCUUGUAAAGAAUUAAAGCCCAAAACGUUACAAACAAUUCAUAACUUCGGAGCCGUAUUGCAAACAGCCAGACUGGGGAAGCGGAACUGGAAAAUGCCCGUGUGCGGAUCUCUGCUCUGUCGAGCCUGCCCUCAGGGUCUUUAUUCACUUGUGUGAAUUAAAAGGCAUUUUUCUACCUGCCUUUGGGUUACCUGGCUUCAUCAGCAGAGACGAGCCCUUGCUUUGGCUUCUGUCACACAUGCUGUUUUGGUCUUGUAAUAAGCAAAUCACCCGCUGGCUUCAAAUAGAGAAAUUAGAGCUAGAGUCGUCGAGUGCUGACCCCACACAGCCACCAAAGCAUGUCGCAGACGUCCAAGGCUCCUCCUGUUUCUAAUCCUUGUUUUUACUUGUCUCUCAAAUUCCCUGCUGUUGUCAGAGGGAUUCUGAGAGCAAUGACAGACCCUGUAUGGUGGCAUUCAGUAUCUGUACCCUCCAAAGACCGUCUUCCAAAGAUCUGAAACAAAAAUUCGGAGGUGCAGGCAGAAAUAAAAAGCGGCUUUAAUGACAGCUUUUAUCUAAUUGGAAUGGACAUCAAGGGUGGCGAGGCGGGCCGUCGGGGUCCGCGGGGACCCGUCUGACAGAUCUUUCUUCUCCUCAGGAAUCACCCUCAUGUGCCUGGCCAUUCCGGUGGCCUUCGGCAUCUGUGUGAAUUACAAGUGGCCCAAACAGUCCAAAAUUAUUCUCAAGGCUGGGGCCAUCGUUGGCGGGGUCCUUCUCUUGGUGGUCGCGGUUGCUGGUGCGGUGCUGGCCAAAGGAUCUUGGAGUUCAGACGGCGUUCUUCUGACCAUCAGCUUCAUCUUUCCUUUGCUCGGCCACGUCACGGGCUUUCUGCUGGCUCUUCUUGCCCACCAGUCUUGGCAGAGGUGCAGGACGAUUUCCCUCGAAACCGGGGCUCAGAACAUUCAGAUGUGCAUCACCAUGCUUCAGUUAUCUUUCACUGCCGAGCAGCUGGUCCAGGUGCUCAGCUUCCCUUUGGCCUACGGACUCUUCCAGCUGCUGGAUGGAUUUCUCAUUGUUGCCGCGUAUAAAAUGUACAAGAGGAGCCUGAAGAACAAACACAGCAGCAGGAGCCCAGGUUGUGCAGACACCUGCCACGAGAAGAGGUCCACUUGCCCCGCCGAGACCGGUGCUUUCUUAGAGGUGAAUGAAGAGGCUGCUCUGACUCCCGGGCCAGCAGGCCCAUGGAUCUCCACUAGGCUCUAGAGCCAGCUGGCCACACCACACGUGCCAAGUGGGGACCUGCUGGCUCGAGGGGCCCCUGUCUUCCUCAGCGGCCAGUAAAGACAGCGCAGAGCCCAUGGGCAAAGCUCGCUGGCAGGGCUCACGGGAAUGUUUGCGUGUCAAAUGUUAACAUAUUUAUGUUUCGUGUGGGUGUGAGUUGGUGCAGGAUCCCGUUCUGAGGGUGUGUGCUGCCUCUUUCAGGUUGUUCCUCUCGGGUUCACGGUGUAUUGUCUGGCUGCUCUGUGCGCUUGUUUCCUCCCACAGUGAGGAGCCGUCCCCGCUGGUGUGCGAGGUUGUCCUCAGAUUGUGACUUUUCGUCUCACCUGACUUGCCACUCUGCACAGAUGUCACCUCAUCCUGCAGGGCAGGGACAGAGUCGGGACCACUUGACUUCUGGACUUGGGGCAAGUCCUUUGGGGCAUCGGGGAGGAAGCAUACAGCUCAAAAAAAACAGGGUCUUUUCUCAGAUGAUGGUUAACUUUUUAACGGCUUGAAAAAAAAGUUUGAAUUGUAGAUGUAACGUAAGCCUAGAGGGAAUUUAAAGAACACUUGAGCUUCCUGGCCCUGGAGACAGGCGUGUGUCUGUUCUUCUGUUACGUCACUUUAAAAACACUGAGCUGGUUCCGCAUAUACUGUUUCGUAAAUCACUUAGUGACCUGCGACGGAGCAUCUUUACGAGUCAGUCCCUGUUGACCUACCUCAUUCCGUGCAACAGCGGCUUCAUGGAAGGAUUCCGGUGCUUGGAAGGACGGCGGUUUAAACCUGUUCCUUCUUCAGGGACCCCUAGCUAGCUUUCGACUUGUUGGUAUCACAGCGCUGCCACCAACCCCGGUGUCUUCAUGCAGAUCUUUUUGUCGGAUCACUUUCUAGACUUGAACCGCCAGGCUGACUGCACAUUAGAAUGUUGGGCACAGAGCCCUCUGGCAGCGAUGCCUCGCGGUGCUUGCCCGCGUCUGGUUUCCCAGUCCCACCCGUCUUAAGAAGGAGCAUUCUGCUUUGUGAAGAUAGCUCAUUUAAAACUGCACUGUUAAAAUUAUGAGUAUUUUUUCAUGACCGUUUGCUUUUUUAUGUCCUUUGCCAGCUUCUGUAUUGUCAUUUUUCCUUUUUUUUGUCUUUUUGCCUUUUCUAGGGCUGUUCCCGCGGCAUAUGGAGGUUCCCAGGCUAGGGGGUCCAAUCGGAGCUGUAGCCACCAGCCUACGCCAGAGCCACAGCAACUCGGGAUCCAAGCCGCGUCUGCGACCUAUACCACAGCUCCUGGCAACGCCGGAUCCUUAACCCACUGAGCAAGGCCAGGGAUCGAACCCUCAACCUCAUGGUUCCUAGUCAGAUUCGUUAACCACUGCGCCACGACGGGAACUCCUGUUUUUCCUUUUUUGAUUGAUGCAUUUUAACAGUGUACAGACAGUGACCCUUUGCCUGAUGUUUUGUCAAUAUAUGACCUACUCUUGUCUUCUGUUUUUGUAUGUCUUUUGCUGUAGAGAAGUUUUAUAUUUUUUACAUGUUCUGCUGUAUUAGUCUUUUUAGAAAUGUUUUUGACCUUAAUAUCUGUCAAAUGUUAGACUGUUUAUCUUUUUGUGUAGAUGGUCAAGUGUAAAGGGAUCUCUUUUCGACAACGUAUUUGGCCCUUUCUCAGGGAGCUCUCUCGGGGUCUGUAACAUACUUACUAGCUGCAGUGGAUACUGUCUGGCUGUAGCUAAACCCCAUCCUCCUCUGUUCAUACGUUAUUAAAAAUAUUCCCCAUCUGUUUUUCUGUUACUUUUCUGGACUAA